GGUGACGUGGGGGAGGAGGGUGAGGCACACACGCAUCUGGGGCUGACUCGCUCUUUGCAAAACCUCUGGGAGGAGCCCACGGGGCCACAAAACUCUCUUCUUUCCCCGGCCAGCCUGAAAGGUGCAGGGAGGCCCCGAAUAGGAGCCGCUGCGCGAUAUGGGUCGCCUGCCACUGCUGUCCGUGCUUCUUCUGGCUCACGCGUGCGUUCCAGCCUCCUGGGGCCUGCAGUGCAUGCUAUGUGGGAGUACUGGGAAAUGCCACGUGCAAGAGUGUGCCCAAGGCCAGGACCUCUGCAGGACCACGGUCAUGCGCAUAUGGGAAGGAGGUGAAGAGCUGGAGGUGGUGGAGAGGGGCUGUGCUCACCCGGAGAAGACCAACAGGACCAUGAGCUAUCGAAUAGGCAUGCAGAUCAUCAGCCUGACAGAGACCGUGUGUGAGUCAAACAUGUGCAACCAGCCCAGACCUGGCCGGGCCCCCGUCUUUCCCCGAAGCCGCUACCUCGAAUGUGUGUCCUGUGCCUCAUCAGACCUGAGCUGUGAGAGGGGUCUGGACCACAGCCUGCAGUGCCGCAACCCUGGAGACCAGUGCCUGGAGGUGGUGACCCACCAGAACCUGCAAGAGAGUCCAGGCGAUGAGCACCACUCCCGAGGCUGUGGCAACCUUCCUGGCUGUCCAGGCCCCAUCGGCUUCCACAACAACCACAGCUUCCACUUCCUGCAGUGCUGCAACACCACCAAAUGCAACCAGGGACCAGUGCUCCGCACUCUGGCCCAAGCCACCAGGACCUCUUGCCUAGAUUGUUGCUGUAACCUCCUCCCUGGUCCACCUGCUUCUGCUCCUGCCGUCCUACAACCAAUGUUCAACACAUCAGCAAGUGUGAUUUUUUUUUUUAUGCCAAUCAGAUCAUGUCACUGUCCCUCCUCAAGUACUCUGAUGACUUCCCCUUGCUCUCAGAAUAAAACCCGAAGGCCAUACUAUGCCCUGUAUAAUCAGGAAUCUGUCUGCCUCAUGGUCUUCAUUUGUUUCUGCAGCUCCAAACUCCAUCCUGCCUCAUGGCCUUUGCACAUGCAGUACCCUCCACCAGGAACAUGUCUCCCCCAAGAGUUCACCCCGCUGGCCGGGUCUCAUUUGUUAGGUCUCAGCUUUGAAGUUCAGUCCUCAGGGAAACUUUCACUGUCCCUUCCCUCCAACGGGACCUAGAUCUUUAGUGUUAUUCUGUCUCUGUAAUCAGUACUGUCCAACAGAACUUUCUGCGGUGAUGGAAAUGUUUUAUAUCUGUGCUGUCCAACAUGGUAGCCAUGACCACAGAUGGCUGUUGAGCUCUUGACAUGUGCACUGAAAUUUUGAAUUUGAACUAGUAUUUAAUAUUGAUGAAUUUCUAUGUAAAUGUAAAUGACCACAUGUGGCUUGUGGCUGCUGUGGGACGACGUAGCUCUGCAUUGUUAAGUUCCGUGAAGACAGGGACUGUUUCCUCUUACACAGCAGCUUACCCAGUCCCUGGUCAGAUAGGGGCUCAGGGGGAGCUGG